AUGAAGAUGCAUUUCAGUAUCCCCUUCUCAGAGAACGUGCUGGAGAAGUUUGGAGGCCGCUAUGUGCUGUACUCUGUGUAUUUGGAAGGCUUUCUCUUCUGCAAAGUGCGUUACAGUCAGUUGCACCAGUGGGAUGAAUGGUUAAGACGAGUCUUUGGGAGAGGUGUCCCUUCAUUUCCUCCAAAGUUUUACCUUGCAAUGACGAAACCAAUGGCGGAUGAAAGGAGGGCUCAGCUAGAACAGUAUCUACAGAAUGUGUCGAGUGAUCCAAGUGUUACAAACAGUGAAGUCUUCAUUAGUUUCUUUAGGAAAUUACAGUUGGAUACAUUUAAAAUCCAAACCCAACAAGCCUUUCUAGAUGUUUACCUUGCUGAUGGGAGACAUCUGAGAGUGAAUAUUCAGACAUCAGAUACUGCUGAAAGAGUGCUGGAGGUUGUGUCCUACAAGUUCGAGCUGUCAAGAGAACUACUAGGGUAUUUCAGCUUAUUUCUUAUUCAGGACCACAAUGGAGGAGAGCUUUCUGUGUUGAAAAAACUGGCAGAGUUUGAACUUCCCUAUGUGAGUCUUCAGAGUGUCAAAGAGUCUCCUUGUAAGAUUGCAGUCAGAAAGUGGUAUAUGGACCCUUCCCUUGAUAAAAUGCUUAUGGAUUGCAGCGCUUCUGUGAACUUACUUUAUACACAGGCGCUGCAGGAAAUGGAGAAAAAGUGGAUCACACCUGCUGCUGGACAGAUGCAGAAGCUUCAGAUGCAACAAAAAGCACCAGACAAAAUUAAAUUUUUAGAGCUGAUUCAGGAGGUGAGGCACUACGGAUACAUGCAGCUGGACCCCUGCUCUUGCGACUAUCCAGAAGUAGGCUGCACUGCUGCCGUUCACGUGGGAAAUAAUGAGAUUAGCUGCUGCAUAAAGUUGCCAAGUAACCAGAUCAAAGAGGUCAACUUCAAGAUCAAUCGGGUGAGGUGCUGGCAAGUCACGUUCCUAGGAUCUCUUUCAGACCAAGGGCUUGACCAGGUCUUGGAGCUCAGGUUCGAGUACCAUGAUUUUGACACUUGGAGAUGGAUUGUCUUUAACACAAAGCAGGCAUUUCUCCUAAGUAGUUGCUUAAAAAAGAUGAUAACGGAGCAGCUGACGACAACCAAAAGUGAUCCAGAAAGGACUGAGUUGCCUGAACCAGGUAAAGCUAAGAAGCAAAGCAUUCAUGCGAACCAGAUAUUUCAUUCUGGUUUUAUGCUGAGGAAAAGGCUGUCGGGUAGACCAAAUGAGGACGACUGUGUGUUUGAGAAGAUAAGAGAAGAAGACUUGUGAUCAGCACUUUGAGAGCUGUUCCCUCUUCUUUUUGGUUCUUAAAUAAGGGCCAGCCCCCUCUUUGGUUGCCAGCACAGCACUCUUUGCGUUCAGAGAGAAAGAGAGAGAGAGAGAACAUUUUUGGUUCUGAUAAUUCAAAACAUCAGUUACCCACUCCUGAGAACCAUAAGCAGCUACAACUGGAAGGAAAAACUUUAAUAUUUUGUACAUAUGUUUGGUUUCUUAAAAAGUACCUUGGACUUUAGAAAUAGACACAUAAUUUGUCCUGAAUCAAAAUAACAUUUUAAAAGAUUGCUUGCCAAGAAGAUCAGAAGAAAUGCGGCUACUGCAGUAUUCUCUGCAGUUCCAUUCCAUGGGACACAAACCAUAAGAACUAUGCAACUAAUAUCCCCAUGACUUCAUUCUUUUGGGUGAAUAAUGGACUGCAUUGAAUCCGUCCAAGGUGUUUCUGUAUACAAGGCAUUUCUGAUCACAGCCUUCAGUGUUUAAUUGAAUGUCUCAUCAGGAUCCAUAAUUUCUGUAAGAAACUUGUUCAAGAAACUGAGGAUUUAUUUUUCAGGCCCUUUUAAAGAUUUCACUCUAGAACCUGAGAGAAGUCCAGGGUCAUCUAUUCCAACCCCCUGCACAAUGCAGGAAAUUCACAAACACCUCCCCCCACACCCCCACUGACCCCUGUUCCAUGCCCAGAAGAUGACAAAAUCCAUGCAUUUGAGUUUGUCCACACAUACCCCAAACCCCUAACAUAGCUUUUUCUUUUGGUCAUCAAACGGGACUUCCUCCUACCUUUUAUACCAGUGAAAAAGCUAGUUUGAUCCAACCCAUUGUCUACAAAAAAUGUACUGACUCGUACAGACUACUGCAGUAACCACAGCAGUUACUGUCCACAAUAACUGUUGAGUAUGCCCCAAUCUUCAGGGACUUACAUAUGGCUUUGCACUGGUAUAAUGUCCUUUUGUGGGUGGGGGUAGUAUUACUUCCCUGGCAACCUUCUUGAGACAUGGUACUGAACCUUGGGAAAGUCAAGAAAAGCCUCAUUGCAUUAUAUCUGGACUGGACCUUAAUUUGAAGCUGCUGCUCAGUUUGUUACAGUUUUUACAUUGUUGAAGCUGAAGAAUGCACUAAAUACUUGAAGAUUAUAGUCAUCUGGAAUGACGUCUUUGCCAUGUCUUUGAUUCCCCCCCCCGGUACUAAUAACUGCAAUAAAUUAUUGACAGGGCUAUUGGAAAUGUUUUCCCAGUUUUAAU